ACAUCUGACAUUGACAGCUAGGUGAGGGGGGGAUUUUAUCAACACAACCUGUGAACACAACAAACCUUUGUUCGUCUGUGAUUGUUUAUAUCUAUUUCAAUUUGUUUUUUGACGCAGUAGCCACUGUCGUGAUAGUUUUGUUGCGUCCGUUCCAAAAUAUGUCCGAGGCUACUGAACGUGACCCAAUUCCAACUUCUAGCGAAAUUUCUGUCAUAACCGAUGUUAAAGAAGACGAAGGGCCUUCGCCUAAAAAGCGUAAGACUGCCUUCGACGAAGAGCCAUCUGAGAAGUUAGAACAUAGGCUGGGCGGCAUUCUGUGUUGCGCAGUUUGCCUGGAUCUGCCUCCUGCUGCCGUUUAUCAGUGUAGCAAUGGGCACCUGAUGUGCGCCCCUUGCUUCACGCACCUGCUCGCUGACGCGCGUCUCCGCGACGAGUCCGCGACUUGCCCGAACUGUCGGGUGGAGAUAUCCAAGACCUCAGCGUCCAGGAACCUGGCUGUGGAGAAGACGGUCUCCGAACUGCCCUCCGAGUGCAAGCACUGCACUCGCGUCUUCCCGCGACAUUCGCUGCAGCACCACGAAGAAAAGACUUGCGAAGAUAGGCCGUACAAGUUCACGCAACUGACGGUGGACAUAGCGCCGCAUAAGGCUCUCAGUGGUUUGGUUCGCAUUGUAGCCAAUGUGUAUGGCUUCCUGUUGUCCUUCUUCAGAAGAAGCUAUCUCGUCUCCGAGGUCACGGCACACAAGCGUCGUAGGUACCGCAGGGUGACGGGGUGCCGGUUCGCGUGCAUCGGGUGCGGCUGGCGCGGGGCGGCGCACGCGGCGCGCGCGCACGAGGCGGGCUGCGCGCAGCCGCGCCGCUCGGCCGGCGACGUGCUGGCCGUGCUGGCCGAGCGGGACCAGGCCGCCGCCGACCAGCUGCGCAUCUACACGCAGAUAUUCGACAUGCUCUCCUAUGAGAAGAUCACCUUUAAUGACUUGCAACUGAAGCCGUACCGCACGGAGGAGUUCGUGCACAAGCUGUACUACGAGACGCUGCGGUUCCCGUCGUUCGGCCACCAGUGGGUCGUGAAGGCGUUCAUCAACAACAACCAGCCGCACCCCGCGCAUGCUGCUCAGAGAGAGAUCACCUACCAGCUGAUCCUGAAGAGCAAGGCGCAGUGCGAGCUGGCGGUGCAGUGGGUGUGGGCCCGCGGGCCGUUCGGUGAGGCGCGCGUGCGGCCCCGCGUCGGCGCGCACACGUACCGCGACGACGAGCCCGCGCCGCGCCCGCUGCCGCUCGCCGACCCCGACGACGCCAACCGCCUGCUGGCCAACAAGGCCAUACACUUCAGGCUCAUCAUGUUUCUGACGACGAAGUAAUAUAUUAUCGUCUGGCUUGUUUUAAGUCUCGUUUCGUUUGUUUCCGUAACCAAAGAUCACAAAAAUGCAUUUUUUACUUUUUGACCAUUUUAUUGCAAAGAAUUAUAUUUAUACGACGUAAUUCCAUUUACCUUUUUUUAACUUGCACUGACUAAUGUUAAUAUGAUUUGCUGUUGGUUAUUGGGUUAAAUAGAAUUGAAGCAAAUUUAGAUAAAAUUUUAUACUUGGAGAUUGUUUUUAGUACAAAAUUAAUGGUUCGAGACCAUUGUAGUUAGUAAUUUAGCUAAUUAUUGAAGAUAUGAGUGAAGCGAGAUUUCACUAUAUUUUGGGAAGUUUUUCAAUGCUCUAUACACCUCGUAGAGCCUGGUGAUGAAAUCAAGUGUUUAUAUAUGUUUUAUUAUUUGGGCAUUGAAAAUUUAUCUUAUAAGUAGAUUAAUUUAAGACCAUAAAAAUGUAUUUAUUAUAAUUUGAAAGUGUAAUAUAAAUUGUGUGUAUCGAGUCGACUGAGUUUUGAUUUUAUUAGCCAUAUUAUUGUAUUUAGUAUGUAGUUAUUUUCGGUUCUGAAUAAAACAACUACAGUUUUA